AUGGUAUCGUCAGCUAUUAGUACGCUUGCUGUUGUAUCGACCAUGUCAUCCGUCGUCCUCUUGGCCCCCAAUGUUGCUGCACAUCAGAUCGUAUUGCUUCCAGAACCCCAAUGGAAGACGAAUGAUAAAGACACCAGAUACAACCCGCUCGCCUUUCUUGAGAAUCAAAAUUUUAAGACUACUGGCGACGCUCAAGCUUAUUUCAAACAAAACCAUUUCAAGACUCUUCGUGACUUCAUGGAUAACGCAAAGUACACCGUAGUCAAAGGUGCUGAUCCAGCAUGCGGAUUCACAGAUCCCAAUGGUACGCCCCAGCCCAUUCCCGCUAACAAUGCUAUGCGCUCUACUGGAUACACACACGAUGGUCCGUGUGAAGUGUGGCUCAACAAUACUAGAGUUUUAAGCGCGAGCAACUGCCACGAAAAGUUUCCUGGCAAAGACUAUACUAUCGAUUACUCGUCCUGCAAGGAUAAUUGUCUGUUGCGUUGGUAUUGGCUUGGUGUUCGUUUUCUCAAGGAAAAGUAUUCGUGGCAAGUGUACAAGGCCUGCAUUCCACUGUCGCGAUCAGCUAAGGGGCCAAACCAGAAAUUGCGCACGUAA